AUGGCUGUGAUCGAGCCACGGACGGGGUUUGAUUGGCGACAGAACGACCCGACCAAGCACCGGCCCUUCAAGCCGGUCUAUCAUAUAACGAUGGAACCCAUUGUAGCCAUUCAAUCCAGCCCACCUGAAGACCUUAUCAUUAUCGACAACAAUUACCUGGACCGGGUCACGAACCGCCGGCAGAUUUUGAAGGAGAAUACCUCAAAGGUUGCUGGCGCGGUACCGGAAGGCAUUCCGGCUCUUCACGAAGCUUGGGCUUAUCUGCUCACUGAGUAUCUGCCAAUGCGUUACCCGACCAUGUUCUCUCUUUCCGAGGACCGAACCAUCUUCCAGAACCACGUCACCAACAUCUCCCUACCCACAACGCCACCGGAAGAUCCCGUCACCGCGCUUCAGGCCCUCGGAGAGACUGUGGAGGACGAUAUUUUCCUGCUGGUUGAGACUCCUGAAGGCCAUCGUGCGGUCGCAUUCGUUUGCUGCCAUCCGGCUGGAUUCGAUCCCUCUGAUAAGCUAGGGAAGCUAAUGAAGGAAAUACACACACCAGUGCCCUCGUAUGACAAGAUAGGGGCAAGUAUGGAACGAUUCUUCAGUCGACUGCAGGUGGGGAAGAGCGUUAAAAGGAUGAACGCGAUGCAGUGGUCUAUUUCAACCCAUGAUAAACUCUUCAGCCCGAGCGAUUUGCACAUCUACGACGGUGACAAGACGACAGAAGACGAGGAUGUCGAUAUUAGCAAGGCUCGCUUGCGCCAAGAGCUACAGACCUUGACAAGACUUCCCAAGACUGACGCGAUUCUGUUCUCCUUCAAGACAUAUCUUACACCGAUAGAAGAAGUCAAGAAGGAAGGGCUCGGGCUGCAGCUGGCGGACGCCAUAGAUGGACUGAAGAAUGGCAAUGCGCCUGGCAUGUGGGUUUACAAGGGAGCUUCGCGUUGGGGGAAGAGCGUUUGCAACUACCUUCGGUCAUAA